AUGGCAGAGAGAUUCCCUCGAGGAGCGCUGACGGUGCCUCUGACACCCGACGCCAUUUUCCUUCUUGCGACUGUGCCGCCACCGGACCCCACCUGGAUGCAGCCCACCAUCCGUGGACCGAUGCCGGUACCCUCCCUGCAGGAGCAGGUGCUCCCCAUGCCCUGCACCCUGCCCACCACCUGGGAGCCGCUGAUGGAGCCCUUCCAAGAUGCCGUGCUGCUCUCGGAGGACCAGGGGCACCCAGCGCCCACCGACGUGUGCCCCCACCCCGCCACGGCUCUGCUCACCUGCAGCACAGCCACGCUGCAAUCACGCGAUGCAAGGACUGGCGCAGAUCCUGCGGAUGGCUUCGCAGACGUCGAUGAUCUGCUCACCUGGAUCAACGAGGGAGCGACAGCGAGCACUGACAUUCCAGACGACAACGUGGAAAUGGGCCAUGUGCUCACGGGGAUCAGCGAGGAAGAGCUGAGCACUCUGGAGGUCCCGCAGGAGAACCAGGACCUGCCUGUUGUCCCAAGGGAGGAGACCAGAGACGCUGCCACGGUGCAAGAGGAAAAUCUUGGGAACCAGCUGCUGCCGGAACUGGACGGCCGUGAGCAAGAAGAGCUGAGGAGGUGGAUCGCAGCCACGGAGCCACCGAGCCCGGAUGUCCCCAGCAGUCUGGACUCGUCUCCUUUCAUCGCAGAGCUCCCUGACUUCCCCAGGAGCAGCAGGGAGCUCAGCAAAGAGACACAGGCUGCCGCGACCCUCAGUGACCCAUUCUGGGGGCAGCCAGCAUCCCCUGGGCAGCUCUCUGAGCUGCUGCCCCGCAGCCCUUUUCUGCUGGCCCCCAUCACACCUCCACACCUGUCCCUGCUGAGCUCCCUGGCUGCCCCCACGCCUCCUUCGCCCUGCACGGCACAUCUCCUGGAAGAGGUGCGGCGUAGGCAGCCCCGCGUGGUCCUCAGCCGCCUGGCACUUCCAGCCGGCUGUGUCUCCUGCCGCGUGGCAGACCAGCAGCACAGGGACGGCACCGAGCCGGCCAAGCAUCGUGUGCCUCCUUUGGUGCACACUGGACAACUGGUGGAAGAGGCACGGCAGAAGCAGCCCCGCGUGGUCCUCAGCCGCCUGGCACUUCCAGCUGGCUGCAUCUCCUGCCGCGUGGCAAGCACGCAGCACGGGGACGGCACCGAGCCGGCCAAGCGCCCAACGCCCGCCUGCGCCAGCACUAAAGGCAAGAGCAGCAGGCGCAAGCAGCACGCUGGCAGCAUCCCAGCCAGGAAGAGGAAGCUGCCGCCGUGCCAGGGUGUUCCAGCCCACCAACAGCCACGCUAG